GAAGGCUCUGUCGUUGCGAGCAAAAUGUUUGCUCUAAGCUCACGCGAAACACUGACCCACGAAAUAAACCAGAAGUAUUAUUCUGUCAAAGAAAGAGACCAAACGUCGAGGAAGAAGAAAGCGUGGUGCGAAAGUUUAGAAUGCUGCAUUAAAGAACUCUACCCUUCAUCUCGCUUGGUUCUUGUAGGAUCCUCAGCAAGUGGAUUUGCAAUCGAGGGCUGCGAUGUUGAUUUGACUCUCGUUCGCCAAGGAAGGCAAGUGUUUUACCGGUUGGAUUCGGACGUUGAGGUCCUUCGAAAAAUUCGAGACAGAUUGGCGACAAGGAGGAGCAGCGUUAUAACGGAGGUAUAUUCUAUUUUAAUUUCAUUCACGUUCGAUCCGGUGACAACAAGACCUGACAAACUGUCGUCAGAACAGAUUUUCGAUCACUGCUUAAGCUAUGAAUAUGAUUGUCUAAUGAGUAGCUGUGAGAAAAAUAUACUAAAAAUACUAAAAACUAAAAUCAUGCGAAAUGUUUCCAGCAUUAAUUUCGGCAUUGUCAGCCUGAUUUUCAGUGUUAUGGGUCACGAAAUUAUUACAACCUAUUCCCUCAAACAAAUUCCCUAGGUAUUACUUGACAAAACCGAGUGUUUUUUUAUUACUAUCAUUAUUUGAAAAAAUCAAAUAAUAUAUAUUUGCCAAAGUAUACCCGAACAAUCGAUCAGGCAUAGAAUCGAUUUCUGUUUCGUCGCCUUAAGACGCAGUUGCGUUGAUUCUACGUUUCAGUACAUGCAGGUAUAGCUUGUAAGGGAUUCUGAACAAAAAUCCCAGUGCACUGUUAAAAAUGCACGACCCUUUUAUUAUGAUUUACUACGUUUCAAAUACGUUAUUCUCCUUGAAUAGAAUAUUCACAGCGAUUUAAAAAGGCUUUAGUACUUCCGCCGGGUGUCAGUGCUGAAAUUAAGUUUAGCACUAGCCCUAGAUUGGGUGCUAAGACUCCAAUUCCUUUACGAAAGUUAUCGAAUCUCUGAACUAAGGUAUAUAUUUAGAGUACCAACUGGCACCUAAACUGGAAUGGGUGGGAAAUGAAAGGGGUGCUUGCAACCGAAAAGCCGGGAAGAUUAUUUUCCAUGUAAUUGGCGAUUUCCUUAUAACUGGAACGUGGAAUAAGGGUUUUAUAUUAUUCAUUAAAAACAGUGUUAUAAUCAGUUAAAAGACAGUUCAGAGGACCCUGUGAAUAAAGCUUAACAUGUUUAACAAACUUGCUUUAAAGCCAAAUUCAAUUUCGCAAACCUGCCUGGGCAUACUGAAUUUCUGUCACUUAAACAUGACAUCAUUGCGACUUAAAGAGACUUAUAUUAGGCCCAUCCAGUUCAUGGUUCAAACUUCGAGUUUCUUGUACAUAAAUUAAUACCUAUUUAGGUCGACCGAAAUGACACAAGUUCGACCGUUGAUUCAGACUUGAAACUUAUAAUUUAGUAAUCAAUGUAUUCAGUUUCACGAUGUUCAAGGCAUGGUUUAAAAUGCUUACAAGUAAGAAGAAAUUUUUAAGUCAUUUAUGCGUUAGGUUUGGCACAUGAGAAGUUCGAUGUUUGAAACAAAGUCACUCCACAGUCAAAAUUCCAAUGUUGACCACUCGAUCUUCAUUCAUGGGACGACCCAAAUUAGACUUGUCGUACUUUAUUGAUUGAAACGUCGAUCUCUCAUGUACUUAAUUGAAGCCGAGGGAUUGGGUUUGGUAUGUUUGAACUGGGCCUUAGGUAUUUCAUCUGAUCACUUUUUCACUGAUUUAACGUCGGUGAUCAUGUUUUUGAGUUUAGGAACAUAAGUUCAGGACAACAUUUUAAUAACUUUCUACGAUAGUUAAAGAUAAGCUAUCCCAUGCUCUCUCUCCUUAGCUUAUCAGUGGAGCAGUUGUCCCUAUAUUGAAGAUGAAUGACAAGCGCGAGGGACUGGAAGGAGACAUCAGCGUUGACAUAACGAAUUCCAUAUUCAACACCUAUCUGCAGAAAUGUUAUGGUAGCCUAGAUCACAGGGUCACUCCUCUGAUUGUGAUCAUCAAGUACUGGGCCAAAAUGUCCAGAAUCACCGAUGCACGUGUCCACAAGUUAUCUGGUUAGUAGUUUUUUUUUUUUUUUCAAAAAUAUUUCUUUUCAAUAUCAAGUAAUCCUGUCAAAAGCAUGCCGUAAAAGCACCUAUGACAUAAGGCCUCAGAACCGUAAGGGGACUAGGAAAAAUCGUCUGAGAAAACUGUAUAUUAAGCGGGGCGGACAGGUUACAAAGUAUCUUCCAGUGUUUUGAGUAAAGCGAACCUGUCAGUUUAGGGGACAUCUCUAUUGAGGAGCAGAUACCAGGGAUGGUCUCGUCGUUGCGGAAUAAACCUCUGUAAGGCAGAAAGUUGGUUCUGGUCCUUUGUUGUCGUUCGUCUAGGGGAAGUUUGAGUUGAUUUUUGCAACUGGGAGACGAACGAGGAACCGAUGAAUUCAAGUCGGCAUGAAAUGCUGAAUUUAUUUGUUUUAUUUUGUUUACUUUUACCUUUCUAGGCUUUGCCGUGGUGCUGUUGGUUAUUUACUAUUUACAAACCGGUUGCAGUCCACAGGUCAUUCCAUCGCUACAAUCAGCCGACCCGAUCAAUUUCAGUACAUCGUUAAGCGCCGAAACUAUAGCCGAUAAGCUGGUCAGCGGCUACCUUCCAUCAGUCGUUACUUCGUAUAGAUCAUCAAACCAACAGUCCCUUGGAAGUCUUCUCGUUGGCUUUUUUGAUUAUUAUUCCACCUUUAAUUGGAAUAGAGUACUAUCUGUUCGUCAGGCCAGCACCAGGGCUGUACCAUUCGACAAAAAAUGGACACGCCCGUACAUUCGCAUCGAAGAUCCCUUUGACGGAAGAAACGUGACUCGAGCAGUGUACCAGUUUGGACCGUUUAGCGACAUAAAGCAGGCAAUAACGAGAGCAAAACAAAGGCUAGCAUAUGAGCGAUGCCAUUUAACUGAAAUUUUAUGAAAAUUAGUUUAAAACUUUCAUCUCUCGAAAGUGUCAUGCACGCAAC